CAACCCUGUUCUGUACAACAAAUUUUUGUGAGAUUUUACCAGCGCAAAACGUUUUUACUUCUCACGGGUAAAAACUAAGAAAAAAACUUACACAAUGGACUUCCAGAACCGCGCCGGCGGCAAGACCGGCAGCGGAGGCGUGGCCUCCUGGUCGGAGACGAACCGCGACCGCAAGGAGCGACUGCGUCAACUGGCCCUGGAGACAAUCGAUCUGAAUAAGGAUCCGUACUUCAUGAAGAACCAUUUGGGUUCCUACGAGUGCAAACUCUGCCUGACGCUGCACAACAACGAGGGCAGUUAUUUGGCCCACACGCAGGGCAAGAAGCAUCAGGAUAAUCUGGCCAGAAGAGCCGCAAAGGAGGCUAAGGAGGCACCCUCUUCGCUGCUGGCGCCUGAGAAGCCACGCGUGGAGCCCAAGAAGUUCGUCAAGAUCGGACGACCCGGCUACCGGGUGACCAAGCAGCGUGAACUCAGCAACGGCCAGCAGUCGUUGCUGUUUCAAGUGGACUACCCGGAAAUCACCGAGUCCAUUGUACCGCGUCACCGCUUCAUGUCCGCCUACGAGCAGAAGAUCGAGCCGCCAGACCGCAAGUGGCAGUACCUUCUCUUUGCCGCCGAGCCGUAUGAGACCAUAGGAUUCAAGGUGCCGUCCCGAGAAGUGGAGAAGAGCGAGGGCAAGUUCUGGACGCACUGGAACCGUGACACUAAGCAGUUCUUCCUUCAGUUCGCCUUCAAGUUCGAGCCAAAGAUCCUGCCGCCACCGCCGCCGAAUCUACAUAGGGCACUGGGUCCUCCGGGCGGAUUUCCCAUGCCGGGACCGCCACGUCCUGCUAUGCAUCCCAUGUUCAAUGGCGUUCCUCCACCGCCGCCCAUGCUUUCAAAUAACUAAUUCAACUAGUAUGUUUCUGAGACUCCUUCAAGUUCUUACAUUGUUCUACUGAAAGACCAAAAGCAAAAGGAUAACCACAGACAUUCAGUCAUUCAAAUCAAAUAAUAAACAAUUUUCUACUUAAUACAA